GGUUACUUUGGAUUACUUCCACAUGUAAAGAGCUUCCAGCGGAAUUCACGUUUCGUGAAUCGAUCUGUAGAUUACCAAGAAACGCGCGUUUCAGCGGAUUCUCCAAAUUUUUCACGUGGCGGGAAACGUGCCUAUUCGAUUUCAUUCUCAGAACGAUGUCGAGCAAGUCAGCCGUCAAGAUCGGUACGCACGACGGAACUUUUCAUUGCGAUGAAGUCCUCGCCUGCGCGCUCCUCAAACUAUUGCCACAAUAUAAGGAUGCUUCUAUAGUGAGAUCUCGAAAUCAGAGUGUCUUGGAUACUUGUGAUAUCGUGGUGGAUGUUGGUGGAGAGUAUGAUCCAUCCAGACAUCGAUAUGACCAUCACAUGAGAGAAUUUCAAGAAUCGAUGAGUACCGUUAUGAAAAAAGCAGGAUACGAUUGGACAAUAAAACUAAGCAGUGCCGGACUGAUCUACUGCCAUUUCGGUCAUGAGAUAUUAAGGAAUAUACUUUCGAAUAUAACAGAAGAUAAAAUCAUCGAUGAGAUUUUCAAGAAGAUCUACGACACUCUAAUCAAGGAAAUUGAUGGUAUAGAUAAUGGCAUACCCAUGUAUGAUGCUGAGCCAUUAUAUCGAAUAGUUACCGAUUUAAGCGCGCGCGUAAGCAGACUGAAUCCUCAAUGGAACAGUCAGAAUGUGGAUAUCGAGAAACAAUUUGAGAAAGCUAUGGCUUUGGUUCUGGAGGAAUUUUUAGAAUUUGUACAAUACUCGAAAAAGGUAUGGUUACCGGCAAGAGAUCUCGUGCGACGCGCUGUGGAGAAUCGAUUUGAAAUCGAUCCGAGCGGAGAGAUAAUAGCAUUGUCACAAGCAGUACCGUGGAAGGAACAUUUAUUUCAACUGGAGAAGGAUAUGAACGUGUCGCCGUCAAUAAAAUACACCAUUUUUGAGGCUGAUAACGCUUAUCGGGUUCAAUGUAUGCCGGUAGCGCUGGGAAGUUUCGUGUGCAGAAUGUUUUUGCCAGCAGCGUGGGGCGGUUUGCGCGCUGAUGCCCUUGUGGAAGCAUGUGGAAUUGAAGGCGCCAUAUUCGUGCACUCUGUUCGGUUCGUCGGUGGCCAUAAAACUAAGGACGGCGCGGUGGCCAUGGCGCGGAAAGCACUCGAAAUCGGAAAGGCCGAGUAAUAAUAUACAGAAUGACGUGUGUCUGUUCUUUUUUAGAAUUUUUAUGUGGUUAUUGAAUAUUUUUUAGAAAACAAUUUAAAUUAAUUGUCCUUCAGCUGGUAAUGUGGGGUUUUAG